AAGUGACAAAACCAUGGAUCCACAACUCCAAUAGGCAACAACUAACAAGAAGUCAUCAAACGUUCACUGAGUUUGAGUGGUACAUUGUGGUGAUCAAGGAUGGAACAGACGAAGUGGGUGGCACUUAAGUUUUUGGUGGUGGUGGUGAUGGCUUCUUGUAUGUGGAAAGGGUCCAAAGGUCUUGAUCUGUGUAAGAUGAAUGAAGAUGGUUUGGAAGCUUGCAAGCCAGCAGUGACUCAACCACCAGUUGAUCCAUCACCUGAGUGCUGCAAGGCUCUUGCUGCUGCUGACUUGAAAUGCCUUUGCUCUUACAAGAACUCUUCUGAGUUGCCUUUUCUUGCAAUUGAUCCAACUCUUGCCACUUCACUUCCUGCAAAGUGCAAUCUCACUCCUCCACCUAAUUGCUAAGCUAUGAAUAAUGCUCUCUUUGUAGCAGUGUUGUAAUCUCUUUUCUGGUAAUGGACUUGAUGGGAAAAAAGAAAAUAAUUGUACUCCAUUUUUUUUUUUCACUUUUUUCUUAUGUUACAAUAUAAAUUACCUAUGUUUUAUUUUGGCUGUAUA